UUUUGCCAUCUCUAGCCUAAAGAACGUUUCAAAACAGACUGAAAUAGUCUUUAUUUACUUUUAAUUCAUUUGAACUGAAUCUCAACUACUAUGGGUUUGAAGGGUUGUGAAGUGCAGUUGGACAAUCCAUGGAACACCUAUUACGCCGGCCAGGUAGUCAACGGGCAGGUGAAAUUCACCUUUGACUCGCCCAAAAAAGUUCGAGGCAUUAUCAUCCGGUUCCUGGGCGAGGCCAAUACGGAAUGGACCGAGGAGCGGAAUGUGACCACCAGCGAGGGCAAGACGGAGAACGAAGUUACCCAGCUGAAGGGCCAUGAGGAGUACUUUAAGAUCCAGUACUAUUUGCUGGGUGGCAAAAACAGCUCUGAAACCGAGUUACCGCCUGGCACCCAUACUUAUCCCUUCACUUGCGCUUUGCCACCAACUCUGCCCUCCUCCUUUGAGGGUGAAUUUGGACAUGUUCGUUACACCAUCAAAGUGACCUUAGAUCGCCCCUGGAAAUUCGAUCAGGACAUGAAGAUGGCCUUCACUGUGAUUGCUCCGGUCGAUCUGAAUCUCAAUCCACGCGUCAAGGAACCCUUUAAGCUGGAGCUGGAAAAGUCAUUCUGCUGCUUUUGCUGUCGCUCCGGCCCGCUGUCGGUCAUCACAAGUAUACCGCAAACGGGCUAUGUUUCAGGCCAGGUGCUGCCUAUUACCUGUGAGGUGGAUAACGCAAGUAAUGUAAAUCUGACCGCCGUCAAGUUCGAGCUGCGCAAGUUGGUUACCUUCCAUACGAACCAGCCGCGCAGCGAGAAGCGCGAGUCCAAGGUGAUCAUAGCCAAUUUGAGUGUUGGCCCAGUGAACGGCGGCGAAUCGCGCACGUUUACCCAGCAGCUUGAGAUCCCGGCCCUGCCGCCAACUAAUCUCCUCAAUUGUGGUAUUAUCGCCUUGGAUUAUGACCUGCAUGUGGACUGUGAUGUAAGCGGUCCGCACCGCAAUCUUACCGGUAAAGUGCCCAUCACCCUGGGCACCAUUCCAUUGGCGGGCGUGAAGCCGCCAACACAGUUUACAGAUGCUCCUGCUGGUGUCCAGUCUGUGGAUCCCUCGCUGGCCCCAACACAGCCGGUGAGUCCGGCUAGUCCACCGCCGGCCGGUGAAGGUGUUGGCGGUGCCCUGGGCUGGAAUGUGGCUGAUAGCACUGGUGGAGGUGGUUCCCUCUAUCCCAAUAUACCACCACCGCAGUUUGUGGAGACCCAAUAUAAAGCGCCGACCAUUGCAGGACGUGAUGAUUCCGAGCAUACGCAGAUCAUCGGUGACGGAGCCUUCGCUCCUCGCUACCCGACCUUCCAGUUCAAUAAUGCCACGGCACCGCCAGCAAAUCACUGAAGAAAUUUCUCCAAAGCCGAUCCACAUGAUAUUCGUUAUAUAUUCAAGCAACCUAUUUUACUCAAACCAAGCGAUAUGACAACAAAGUUGAAACCUAUGAAUUUUUCUUAAUUAUCCUCUUUCAUUAUUUUGUUUAGGCUUGGCAUUUAUUAUUGAAUAAAAAGCUUUCCGUCCAAGAACGAAAGCCAAAAUACUUGCACAA